AUGGAUACUGCAGCUUAUGGAAGCCUGCAAGACUCGUGCGUUGCCUACCCUGUCCUCGACUCUGUCCACGAGCUCUCUACCUUGCACAGGAACAUGACACUACUUGAAAGCACGACGGGAGACUCCAGCGACUUCCUCUGCCAGUUCUCGGAUAGCUUGGAGAGUGCCCAGCGCGGAAACUGGCUACGUCCCCUAGACGACGUUGACGACGACGACGACGCCGGGCGGACGGGAGCUGGAGACACCUCGAACCUUAUGUAUCGAUGGUCCGAGAGAGUCUCCACCUCCGUCUCCACCUUCCACCUCUCCACUCUGCGUGCGAUGGCCGGCGUGGCGAACGUGAUAAAGAAGUAUAAACAGCCAUUGAAACUAUUUGCACAAAGUCUAACAUCUUUCAGUGGAAAUGUACUAACAAUUGAACAAAUAAAAGUCAGAUCAUAUGAAGUCGUCUGGCAACCUUGUAAAAUACAAGAGGAACAACACGAGGAAGCGAUCCAAAAAAAACCCACCAUGAAGUUCUUUAUGAUUGCAUCGUUGACUCUAUUGGUCGUAAUGGCUGUUGACUCCACGGAUUACGAAUCUGAAGAAUCCAAGGGACUUGGCGGAGGUCUGGGCUUAUCUGUGGCUGAGAGUGAUUCUGAAACAUUUGGGCAUAGUCGUGCUAAAAAAACUGGAGGCGGUGGUUCUGGCGCCGGGGCUGGUAGUGGCUCUGGGGGUGCUGGAGGCGGUGGUGCUGGCGCGGGGGCUGGCAGUGGUUCUGGAGGUGCUGGAGGCGGUGGUGCUGGAGCAGGUGCUGGCAGUGGUUCUGGGGGUGCUGGAGGCGGUGGUGCUGGCGCAGGGGCUGGCAGUGGUUCUGGGGCUGCUGGAGGCGGUGGUUCUGGCGCCGGAGCUGGUAGUGGCUCUGGGGGUGCUGGAGGCGGUGGUGCUGGCGCGGGGGCUGGCAGUGGUUCUGGGGGUGCUGGAGGCAGUGGUGCUGGCGCGGGGGCUGGCAGUGGUUCUGGGGGUGCUAGAGGCGAUGGUGCUGGAGCAGGCCCUUGCAGUGGCUCUUGUUAA